AUGCAUAUAGGAACUACUGAAAGUGAUAGUGAUUAUCGUUUUUUUUUGGCUAUGGUAACUGAAAGGUCAAGAAGAUCUUAUUCCUCCGCUACCCCCAGCUCUCGUAGACAUCGCUCCCGUUCUCCUCAUAAUGGGGAUCGCCGACGCGAAGAAACCUAUCACCGUCACCGAUAUGGGCGUGAUUAUGAGAGAGACGGGCGUGAUUAUGAGAGGGAUGGACGCGAUUAUGAAAGAGAUGGUCGUGAUUAUGAAAGAGAUAACCGUAGAACUGAUGCACAGCGUAAGAUUUCACCUGGUUAUGAUAAAGAAGGUCGUGAGAACGGAAACGAAUCACAUCAAAAGAUACAGCAUUCUGAUAAACCUUCUGUGGAAGUCGAAACGGGAAAAGAUAAUAAUCAACCCCAAAAGCCAAGAGCACCAAUUUCUCUCGAUGAAUUGCUACAACAACGGGAAACAGAAAAGCAAGCAAAUGAUAGGCCUAAAUUUCUGACAAAGACAGAUAGAGCAAAAUUAGCUAUGGAGAAACGUCAAAAAGAAGUCGAAGAACAACGACAAAAACAGGAAGAGGAAAGACGUCAACAAGAAGAAUUUCAAAGAAGGGCGAUUGAAGAAGCUCGACUAAAUGGUUAUGGUCGGGAUCGUAGAGAUUACUAUGAUCGGUAUGAUCGAGAUAGACCUGAUAGAUACGAAAGAUCAAGAGCGAGAGACCGUGAUAGUAUUGAUAAGCGCCCGACGGAAAAAUCAGAUCAUAACGAAGAUGAAAAAUUGGAUGAAAAAGAAUUGCAGGCGAUUAGGGAACGUUAUAUGGGUGGUGAGCGUAAAAAACGCAAAAUCCGUAAAAUGAAUGAAAAGAAAUUUGUAUUCGAUUGGGAUGCAGGAGAAGACACAUCACAAGAUUUUAAUCCACUUUACGCAGCUAAACAUAACGCUCAAAUGUUUGGGCGUGGGCAUUUCGCUGGAAUAGAUAUUAAAGAACAAAAGCGUGAUCGUGCACAGUUUUAUAAUCAACUUUUAGAAGAAAGAAGAACUUUAGAUCAAAAGGAUCGCGCCGAGGAAAGAAUGGAAAUCGACAGAAAGAAAGAAUUGAAGAGCAUGUGGGACGAUCGUCACUGGUCAGAAAAACCAUUGAGCGAAAUGAAAGAAAGGGAUUGGCGUAUUUUCAAAGAAGAUUUCAAUAUUACGACUAAAGGUGGUAGUAUUCCUAAUCCAAUUAGAUCAUGGAUCGAGUCUGGAUUGUCCGAACGUAUUCUAAAUUUAAUAGAAAGUAUUGGAUAUAAAGAGCCAACACCCAUACAGCGUCAAGCAAUCCCGAUAGGAUUACAAAAUAGGGAUAUCAUCGGUAUUGCUGAGACAGGUAGUGGUAAAACUGCAUCAUUCGUGAUACCGAUGCUUGUCUAUAUUUCCGAUCUUCCAAAAUUGAGCGAAGAAAACAUGUCAGAUGGCCCAUAUGCCUUAAUCCUUGCUCCAACUCGCGAGUUGGCCCAACAAAUUGAACAAGAAACCUUAAAAUUUGCUGCGCCGAUGGGUUUCAACUGUGUUUCCAUCGUCGGUGGGCAUGCCGUUGAAGAACAAGCCUUUAAUCUAAGGAAUGGUGCAGAAAUUAUUAUUGCUACUCCGGGUCGUUUGAAAGAUUGUUUGGAUCGAAGAAUUUUGGUACUUAAUCAAUGUACCUAUGUUGUUAUGGAUGAGGUUUAUAUGGGAUUUGAAGCCGAUGUUAAUUUGAUAUUGGAUGCUUUACCUGUAUCAAAUGUAAAACCUGAUACGGAGGAAGCUGAGAAUCCUGCCGAAAUGUUAAAAAAGAUUGGACAAAAAGAGCGUUAUAGACAAACGGUCAUGUUUUCAGCUACUAUGCCUGCUGCCGUCGAGCGUUUGGCAAAGAGACCUGCAGUUGUUACCAUAGGAACUGCUGGCCAAGCUGUAGACACAGUGGAGCAAAGGGUAGAAAUGAUUAAUGAUGAAGGAAGAAAGAAAGCUCGACUAUUAGAACUCCUCCAGGGAUCCUUUGAUCCGCCAAUUAUUAUUUUUGUCAAUCAAAAGAAAGGCUGUGAUGUUCUUGCUCGUGCAUUAAACAAACUUGGAUAUCGUGCAACUACUCUUCACGGUGGUAAGACACAGGAACAAAGAGAGAGUGCUUUAGCUCAUCUUAAAAAUGGUACUAUGGAUAUACUUGUGGCCACGGAUGUUGCCGGUCGCGGUAUAGAUGUAAAAAAUGUAUCAUUAGUCAUUAAUUAUGAUAUGGCUAAAAAUAUUGAAGGUACUUGUGUUGAUAUUUUAAUGUAUGAUUUGAAACAAAUGAUAUUGAAAUCUCCUAUAUCGCGAGUUCCACCAGAAUUGGCAUCACACCCGAAUGCAAUGGCUAAACCAGGAUCUUAUGUUUCUAAAAGAAAACAUGAAGAGACAAUAUUUCAAUAA